AUGUCCCCCCUGGUGUUGGUCCUGGCGGCGCUGCUGGUGCCGGCCGCCCGCGCGCGCAUCUCCGUGUUCAUGACGGCGAGCUCUGCCGGCGCCUCCGCCGUGGACGUGGCCGGCGCCGACGUGGCCGUGGUCCAGGACGGGGACCGCGCCGCCUUCCGCCUCGCCGACGCGCAGCUCAAGGACGCCGUGCGCGCCUACCACGGCGCCACGCCCACCGACGCCUACUUGACCUCGCCCACGCCCUGGGGCGACCUCUACAAGAAGUACGGCUGGAGCGAGGUGCGGCGCACGCUGGUGCCGGUGUCCGCGCGCGUGCUGGACGUCAGCUCCACGCCCACCAUCGUCGCCCGGCGCGAGUUCCUCAACACGGGCCCCGUGGACGCCACCUUCGACGCCGGCAUCUCCGAGACCGUCGAGACCACGUACGAGUCCAGCUGGAGCACCAGCUCCACGCUCACCGUCGGGCAGGAGAUCACGUACUCCGUGGACGUGGAGGUGGCGGAGGUGGGCGGCUCCACGUCCGUGUCGUGGGCCUCCACGUACGGCAAGGAGGUGCGCGACUCGAAGACCAGCUCGGUGGGGUCCUCGUCGUCGGUGUCGGUGAAGCUGGCGCCGGGCCAGGGCGUGCUGGCCGAGCUGACGGCGACGCGCGGCGUCAUGCGCGUGCGGGUGCAGUACGCGGCGUCGCUGGACGGCAGCGUGGCCUGCAACUACGCCGCCACGCACAGGGGGCACCACUUCUGGCGCUACGACGUGAACGCGGUGCUGGCGGCCGGGCGGCUGCCGCGCCGCGUCGAGUCCACGGAGGAGAUCAGGAUCGGGUUCUACUCGAACGCGCGCGUGGUGGUGCGCAACAUGACGAACACCCGGCUGCCCAGCGCCGCGCCGCCGCUCGUCACUAUGAUGGCGGCGUCCCCCGACGUCGCGGACGCGCCGGUCGCGAUGGUGGCGGACGAGGGUGUGGACGCGGGCGUGGACGCGGGUGUGGACGCGGGUGUGGACGCCGCUGUGGACGCGCCGGCGGCGGCGGGGGAGGUGGUGGCCACGCCCGCCACUCGCGUGCUGAGUGAGCCGAGUACUAGCGCAGCAUCAGCUGUGCUGUUUGCUGAAGGCAGAGACUAA